AUGACAACUCCCCACGCUCUCCACCACUCCCUCCUACGUCCAUGUAUCCUCCACAUCCUCCGCGCUGCAGGUUACCACUCGACACGCCCCUCUGUGCUUGACACGCUCACCGAUCUGGCGGCAAGAUACAUGUUCCUGCUUGCGCAAGCAACCGCAAAUCAUGCAGCGCUGAAUCAUACAGAGCCCGAGCUUGCGCUGGAGAUUUCAGUGCAGGAUGUCAGGAUGGCAAUGCAAGAUUGCGGCGCGCUGAUACCGGAGAAGCCGAUGGUAGAACAGGAGUUUGAUGGUGAGGAAGAUACACGGGGUAUGGAUGCCUUUCUGGCUUGGGCGCAAGGACCGGGAAAUAAGGAUAUUAUGAGAGUCGCGUUGGAGGGAGAUUCUGAGAAACAGGAUUACUUGGCAGCUCUCAAGAAGAAGCACAAUACGACGACGGAGGGAGAUACGAGAUAUAAUGGGACGAUAUUGGGAAAACCCGCGGAACCUCGAGCAGUCAAGGUGGAAGGGGGAGAUAUAAGCAGCGUCAAGGAAUGGGCCGAAAGGUUGAAGAAACCUCGAAAAGACACCUCGAUCCUCUCAUCGCGGCGCCCGUCUUCAACUCUAAGCUCGUUGGGAGAUGAUAUGGAUGACAUCGAGUUUUAG